AUGAACAUUUGUAUUUCGUUGUUUAAUAACAAAUUUUUCUUAGCAGCAUCAUUGUAUCAGUUUUGUACUCCAAAACAACAAAUCAUUCGAUCAAAGAAUCCUUUAUUAUGUAUCUCUAUUGACUUCAAGAAAAAGAAAGGAAAACAUAUAUUCACAUACAACACAUGUUAUUUGGAAGUUCAUUAUAUUUUCUCUAAAAAUCAACAGAUGUAUACAGUAAAGGAUCUAUCAAGACAUUAUCUUAUGAAUACAAAACUUCUACAUGUUUCUAUCAAUGAUAAAAGAUCAGCUUCUUUACUCGAACCGUAA